AUGGCUCAGGGCCCUGUUGCCGCUCUGCAAUCAAACACGUUGCCCUCCAUGGCAUCAAAACUUACAAUUACGCUAUCAGAGGAGGAGGAACACCAGUUGCGAGAGUGCGAGCGCAUCCUAAAGUUUCGGGAUGAGGUGCUGUCGGGUGCUCAUCCAAGGAUCACGGUGCCGGCGCAUUUGGUUGCUUCAAAAAAGAGCAGUGAAUCUCGGAGUCCCGGGUCACUCGCCAUCGUAGCACCAUCUGGUCCGGCUGCGUUGCUGAACAACGUGCCUACAGGCCCGAAAUCCUCGAGCGCAAAUGUGGCGAGCUCCGUCAACGGGUCCCAGCUUGCAAACAACUUGCGCUCGUUCAACGCGAACGCGCAUCGCUCUGUCACCGCUGGCUUGAACAUCACCUCGGGCCACUUGCCAGGCCACGAGUCUUCCUUUGGUUCUUCGAGCAAUUUUUCUGGUAUCCCGACUGGACCCAGGGCAGCUUCUCCAACGCGAUUCCGCGAGGCCUCAGGGAGUGCUCAAUUUGAUCCAGUGCUUCUUACAAAGUCUGACGAUCUUAUCAAGGCCGAGAUACAGCUUCAAAGAAAGCGGCUCGAGAGUGCGCUCAGCGAUCAAGUCCAACAGCAUCGCGCAACCAAGAACUCGCAUGCAGCAGAAGCUCUGGCUGAUUUUGAUCUCGCUGACGUUCUUAUGAAGGCCCUCAAACUGGUUCAGACCUCUGCUAUCCCACAGACUGAUGCCAAUCUAGCAACUAAUGCAAGCGGUACCGAGGGCGAUUCAUUCGACGAUGACACCUUCUAUUCUAGCAAACAUGACACCCCUGAAUCCCACCAAACGCACCGCUUGCCAGAUCGUGAUGAGUCCGGAGAAGCCCAAGCGCGUGAAGACUCCCACUACGAGCCCCCCAUGGUUAUCCAAGCCAGUCCAGUACCUGAGCAGCAAUCUGCGGUAGCUAUGCCACCAUUCGUUCUGUCAAGUGCAAAUGCAACUCAACCUCAGCAGCAUCGAGCACAUCAAGCAUUGGUGCCUGAAUCUCGCGACCGCCCAGCUGCGACAUACUUUGGCGGCGAAUACCAGACAGGGACGGAGGUCGCAGGUACAAGAAAUAUGAAUGAUGUGCCAAUGGAAAUAAUUUCAUCGCAGGAGAGCGGGGAGGCAAGCAGCUCGAGAGACUCUGGGCAGCUUGGUGGUGACCAGCAAACCGCACGCCACCAUCUCGAGUCUGUAACUCAGCAACUGAUCGAUCAAGGCUUUGGUCGUCAUCAGUCGCCGAUUCUUCGUGCGCACAACCUGUCUCCUAUUGCCCCCCAGCCUGCACAUGUUUCUCCUCUGGCUACUGCCCGACAGCCUCCAGUGCCCCGACCUGACGCUCCACCAGCUCAAGCGACUCCUGCGCAAGUUACGGCACUCAGAAACGACCGCUCCAAUGGCUCUAGUCCUGAGAGCUCUCCACAAGGCGGCAAGCCGAACAAGAAAGGCAAAAAGAAGAACAAGAGAAAGGCUGAUCGCAUGGCUACAAACACUGUGGCAUCACCGUACAUCAAGCCAGAGCCGCGAUCUCCCUCUCCCCUGACUGCACCGCAGUUCACAAGACCCAACAAGCGGCAGAGACAAGCGCAGCGAACAACGCAGCCGGGCUAUGAUCAGUCUCGCAUUGAGGAGCCUGUGGAGAUUAUCGCUCCACACGCUUAUCCCUCAAGAGUCUACAGGGAAGACAGAGUCGCUUCGGGGUACAGUAGUCCGAGCGGACCGCGUCCUCGCCAAGAUUCUCGCCACAUGGUGCUGACAGAGCCCCCAAGGUAUGAGAGGGACUAUCACGAUGAAAUCCGUCCAGCUGAAGCCGUCCAAUACGUCCGGCGCUCUCCACCUGGAGCACCAGCAUAUCCAUACGCCCACGGUGAGGUACAAUCCAUCAGGUCGGUCUCCCGUGCUGCGGUCGAGAGGCCUUAUUCAUAUUACGAUGUUCGAGAUGCUCCGCGUGCUGUAGUGCGGCAAAUGGCUGAUCGUGAUCGGUCUCGCUCGCCUGUCAUGGUUGAGGAUCGCUCUCCAGCUGUCAUGGGCCCUCCACGCUUGCCGCGCUCAAGAAUUGUGCACGUUGACGAGUUUGGCCGCGAGUACUUGGAGCCUGCUCCAAGACCCGAGGGCGUGGUGACCAGGCGUUCUGUCGUGCCGAGGCCAGCUUACGAUGAGCGAGAUGAAUAUUACGAGAUGCCUAGGUCAACAACGGUGAUUCGGCGUUCUGUUGCACCCGUGAGUGCUUAUGGUGAGCCUGAAAUCAUCUACGAGCGGCCUGCUCCACCGGUCCGUGCCGCGUCUACCAUGCCUGGCCCACAACGAUAUGACGAGGAGGUCGUCUACCAUCGACCGGCUUCUCCCUCGGGCUAUGCAACCACUCGCCGUGUGGUGACCCGUCCAGCAGAAUACGCGGUUCCCGAGUAUCGGUACUACCGAGAGCGGGACUACCAAGCUGCACCUCCCAGCCAAGCCGGCGGCGAUGACUAUUAUGAAGUUCGAAAUGUACAGGAGAGACGGCCAGCAGACGAGGCUCCAAGAGAGUAUCGCAUCCGGGCCACAACGGUGCGCCCUGACACGUCAAUGAGGCCGGAGGUGGUCCGGAUGUCCAGCGUGCGGCCUGAGAGCUACGGUGCGCCGAUCCCGCUGGACGAGCGGCAGGUGAUGGCACCGCCUCGGCCGUACAGCACGCGGCCCAUGGCACCUCCUCAGCAGCAGCAGUACGUACAUCCGUGGCCAGAGUACGGGACUCGGCCGUAUCCAGAGCAGGUCGACGAGGGAGGAGAUGAUGGAGCAGUUACUUACGUGGAGAGUGCUCCCAGGGAGAUGUAUAGAUAA